UACCCCGGCCCGGAGGCAUUUUCCCGCUUGGACUUUCCACCCCUCGCCCUGAUUCCCUUCCCUUUCUUCCUCCUCGAACCGCUUUAGCUUGCCAGCAAAGUGGACGGGCCUUGGAUUGGAUCCCUUGGAUUUGAGCUGGCGCGGAAACACAUGCAAUCACUAUACAUACCCAAACGAACGCAUCAUCAUGAGUAGCCGCUAGCCAGUGUGAGAGUAUUAGUGCAAGAGGACAGACAAUCUAUGCUAUGCAAACCCCCCAUGCCUGAUGCCUCCUCCCCUCUCGCAUACAUAUAUAUACCCCGGCCUGCCCCCUCCAACCUCCCCUCAACCAGUGAUCGGCCCAUUUGCGGCUUGCUAGCUCCAACCAGACCAAACAGCGCCACCCCUCCCUCUCGCAUCGCACACUCGCAUACCCACCUAGCUAGCUCGCUCUACCCACUACAAGUGAGCUAAGCCAGUCCUAGCUCUGCAACAAGAAGCACUUGCUGGCCAGCUACUCGUAAGCAAGUCCAUCUCUCCGAUGAGAAGGCAGGGGCGCAAUGAGGCCUCCCCGUCGAUCAUCCACACGUCCUCCAUAGCCCUCCUCCAGGAGCGGUUCAGGAACCUGCAGAGGGUCAAGGAGAUGAGGGAGGGAAGGGAGCUGCAGCGGGUGCACCACUCCGCCGACGCCACCGACCGCGCCGGCUCCCCGUUGCCGCCGGCGCCUCUGGACCUUGGCCUGCAGCCGACGGCGGCCAGCGGCGACGAGCGGCCGAGGUGGUUCUUGCACCCGGACCUGGUGCGGCCGUCUAGGCCCCUGCACGGCGCGUCCGCCUACAGCGGGUUCGGCGGGAACGGCGGCGUCCAGGCGUCGCAGCCCGCGGCGGCGGCGGCGAGCUCGUGGGGGGAGGUGCCGAGAAUGCAGAAUUCAGGCUAUAGGGGUGAUGUAGACGUGGACACCUCGCUUCAUCUGUAAUAUCGUCUACGUACGUACGUACGCCGUCCCUGCGGGCUGCGGCUAGCUGUUCUUUGGUUAUUUUGUACGUACGGCUUGUAAGCUCCGGACUUAUUUGCAGUACCACUAGUUAUUACCUGUUGGGUUACUUUAAUUUGAGCUUUCCCAGCUAGUCACACUACUUUACCUAUCUGAACCUUCAAGGUGAGCAUAUGCUUGCUUACGUAAUUAGCAUGUCCAUUAUUAGGAUGGUCGAUGUUGACACAUG